CACACGCCUCCCAAGUGCCUCCCUACUACCCAACUCAACUGCGCUCUUCUGCACUACUCUCUCUCUCUCACACCGCGGAAUACUGCUUUUGUUUCAUAAUUAAGGCGGUUUAUAGAGAGAGAAGAUUUACGGCGAUAGGAUUUUCUUUCCAGAUCGGAAUCGGCGGUCUUGGGUGCAAUUCAUAGGAAAAGUCGAAUUUGUUUUAUAGGUUUGAUUCUGGUUUAUUGUUGCUUUCUUCGUCUUCUUUCAGCAGAGUGUUUAGAGCGAGAAAGUUUGAGUUUCUAGAGAGAGAUUGCAGUCCGGGCUUGUUUAUUCUCGUCCGUACAUACUGGCUUCGGGGUUUACAAGUGUUUGGCCACUGUUGAUUGGACAGUUUGGAUUUUUUUUUGGUUGGUUGGUUUGUGAUUUGUUAUUGCUUUUGAUUCCGCGGAGUAUUUAGAGUGAGAGCGUGUAUGAGUUUUUAGAGAGAUAUAGCAGUCCAGGCUUAUUUACUAUUUUAAGCAAAUUUUUGAUCAAAAGUUUUCUUGAAAAUUUGAAAUAGGUAUGUCAGAUAUUUGAGAUGAUGAAAGGGGCAUAUGUGGUGUAGUUUUUUUCAUAUACUAAGUGUUAGAUUCUUUAGGGACGCGUUUUCGGUACUCUUUUUUAUUUCUAAAUUGGGGCAAAAAAAUAAUUUAACUAAUGAUUAGUGGGUGGUUAGUCACUACCACUGUAGUGGAAAGUAUUGUUUAUUGGAAUUUUCUCUUUCGUUAGUUUUCUUUCUCCAUUUCCUCCUAUUUUGGUUGUAGAAAUGCGAAAGCUGGAAUUCUAUGACUAAUUUGGAUUGACGUUUUUUAACUAGAAUUAUUAUGUUGUAGUUUUAUCGUUAUUCUUUUUUUUUUUCCGGCGCCAUGAAAUUCGGAAAAUACCCAAAUAGGUAUUUGUUAUUCUGGUCCGUAACUCACUUGUCACUGGUUUUUUCCUUGGUCUCUAUUUACCAUUUACAGCAGAAGUCCAAACUGCACUCAAAGUUUAUCACUUGCGGUGUAUUGAGUAUUUUAUGGUUCCCUUUUGUGGGGAAUUUUUGUUUUCUUUAGUCUUUAUGCUUGUGGUUGCGAACAUGCUGGGCAAACCAUUAAUGUAAUGUUUGGUUGUUCCUUGAUUGUUAAUGGAGAAGAAGAAAAUCAGAAGUAUCUUGUUCCUUCUAUCCAUAAGGAAUAAUAGAAUCUCCUUUUUGAUGGGCAGUACAGUUUUUUGAAGAUUGGUAAUGGCUGGAGAGAAAAGAAUUGGGAAGUCAGAGCCAGUGGCCACUGUAUUGGAAUCUGAGCCCUCUACUAAAUUGGUCGGGCAAGAUAUGGCUUCUGGAACUGAUGGAACACCAUCUGUUUUGACCUCUUCCAUAUCCUUAGGAGAUGCUACCUCUAGCAUCAAAGUCGAGAUUGGUCAAGAGUCAGUUGCAGAGCAAGGUGUUUACCAUCCACCUGCUAGCUGUUACGAUCAUUAUUACCCAGGCUAUAAUGGGACCUCUGCUCAAUUGGAUGGCCAGAAUAAUUUUAAUGCUGGAGGUGGUUCUUAUGCUGGUUUCCAAACAGAUAAUGGUUCGCUUCUCUAUUAUUUGCCGGGUUAUGAUCCUUAUCCUGCUGGUUCUUUUAUGGGUGCGGACGGCCAGCAGCCAUACUACUCUUCACCAGGUUAUCUUCAGCAUUCUGUUCCGUAUGGGUCAGAAGCGAUGCCAUGUUACUCGUGGAAUUCUGCUUAUGUUGGAGAUGUAACAAAUGGGACCAAUGGCUAUUCUGGGAAGUCGAAAUCUUCUUUGGGCUCUAAUGCUUCAAUGAAGUCAAAUGGUUUCAACUCCACAAAACCAACUGGUGCUCUUGCCAGCAAAUUUUCAGCAUUGCCUUUGGAUUCGAAGUCACAAAAAACUGCUGCCUACUCUAAUAUCUACAAAUCUAAUGUUGAAAGUCAACCUAUCAAAACUUCUAGCAAGUUAGGUUCUGGUUAUCAAUCAUCGCACCUUGUUAAGGGCUUUUGCCCAAAUGGUAAUUUCUCGUCUUUUAUCGACCAAAACCAAGGUCUUUUCAUACAUAACAGUCCCAUGAGCUAUAGACCAAAUAGUAGAUUAUGGAAUGGUAGCAACAAAAUUAAGCUGAGAGAUAGACAUGGAGAGUUUGAUGCUUCAACUGAGCUAGCGCGUGGUCCUAGGGGGCAGAAUGGGAGCAAUCCGAAAAUCACAUCAGAAGGGGAACACUUGGUGCCCACCAUUCGAAGGGAUCUAUACAACCUUGAAGAUUUUCAGACAAAGUACGAAAAUGCUAAGUUCUUUGUCAUCAAGUCAUACAGUGAAGAUGAUAUUCAUAAGUGCAUAAAAUAUGAUGUCUGGUCCAGUACUCCAAAUGGCAAUAAGAAACUAGAUGCUGCUUUUCAUGAUGCGGAGGCAAAAAUGAUUGAGACAGGCACCAAAUGUCCAAUUUUCCUCUUUUUUUCAGUGAAUGGAAGUGGACAAUUUGUGGGUUUAUCAGAGAUGGUUGGGCCAGUGGAUUUCAACAAGGACAUGGAUUUUUGGCAGCUUGACAAGUGGAAUGGGUUCUUUCCAGUGAAGUGGCAUGUGAUUAAGGAUGUCCCUAGUUUACAGCUCCGACACAUCAUUCUUGAAAACAAUGAUAAUAGGCCUGUAACUUACACCAGGGAUACUCAGGAGAUUGGAUUGAAGCAAGGUAUAGAGAUGCUGAGCAUUUUUAAGAAUUACUCAGCGAAGACAUCAAUAUUGGACGAUUUCAACUUCUAUGAGAAUCGGGAGAAAUCGCUUCAAACUAAAAGGAGCAGCAAACAAGUUCCAUCCCCAAUAGAGCUAUACAAUAACUGCGAUUUCCCUAAGAAUUUAGAAACAGGAGAAAUGAUAGCUGAAGCAGCAGCAAGGUCAAAUGGUGCCUCUGACCCCACAUCAUCUCUCAUCAAUCUCACAAAAAAUCUUUCCCUUAGUCACCCACUGAAGAAUGGUACAAGUAUGAAUCCAAGAGAUAAGUCAGUGCCUUCUUCCAAGGCAACAUAGAGACCACGCUCAUCACCGACUUGAUUUGGGGCACCGGGCUUCAUUUGUGACACAAGGUUUGGUUGGAUUUGGUUUCAUUUGGCAUAUUAUCGCAAGCGUUUCUGUUCUCAUUAAAUCUAGUUGCUUCAUUUAGUCAGGUUGGAUUUGGUUAGGUAGCAAGGGUUCGUUUUUCUUUCCCUGCCUUUUUAAGGUCGUUGAAGUUUCUAUUCUGGUAUUCUUGUGUUGGGGACUGGUUGGUAAAAGGGCUGUUUGGAAGCCUAAUUAUUUUUGCAUUUUGGACUUAAGUUAUUGAUUUUGUAUUGUGGCCAUAAUAGAUUAUGAAUCUGGUAGAGUGAGAUAAAUGCGGAAUUGAUUUUGCAACA